AUGUCGUCCAUGACACAAGAGCAACUGGACAACAUUGCGUGGCUUGAGCAAGAAAGGCGUCGCAUAAAAAAUGAGGAGAUCGAAACUGCACGUCGUUCAACCGAACUCUCCAUACAGAGAUGCCAGACAGAACUCGGAAUCACAGACCCUACCAUAACUUCGACUAUUGCCAGCGAGGUCCUCAGGGCCGAGGAGGCAGAGAGACUUCAAGUGGCUGCCGUCCGCCUCUAUUCGCGCGAGAUUCAGCGACUGGUUAGCACGGGAGGCCAGCCUCUCCCAGGUGUCCAUGUAAUAGAUGGAGCAAGGAGGAUAAACGAUGUUCGGCGUGAGCUCACAAGAGCACAGGAAGAACUGGAAUCAGGCCGACAAGGACGGAGAUACAGACUCUGCCGAUAUAUUAACCAGUGCAGAAUCGAAUCCACCAGAAUCAAAGGGAGGGAAUGCGGAUUCGCACUUCGAAACGAAAUCGUAAGCGAAUGUGCGCGCAGACCAGUCUACGAUGGAGUCGGCUACAUUGUAGCUUUCGGCGCCAAAUAUCUCAGAGUCGGCGGAGCCGAUGACUACCUUACAGUGCACAACCCGGCUUACCCGCGCGUUUCAAUCGUUCGAAAUAUUGCUCCCAACUUUCGAAAUAUCAAAGUGAAGGGCAAUACGAUAGCAAUACGCGCGCUUAAAAACGCUCAUGGCUAUGCAUAUGCGUUUAUGAUGGGAGACCGACAGGAGUUCCCUUUCAGCAGAUCAGAGCCAGGUCUCCUUAGAGAAGACCCGGUUAAGAGGCAACCUGUUACAGCAAGGAUAAGAGACUUCGCUGUUGACGCAGGCCACGGGAGAGGUUAUGCACUUGCAGUACAAGGCCAUGGAGACGAUGGUCAAUUUCAUGGUAUUGCGUCUUAUAACAGAGUAUCGGAAAUCUCUCCAAACGAAUUCUUUGACACAACGCAUCUGAGCGACGAGAAAUGUCGCAUGGCUGACUUCAACUUUCAGCUCGUCUAUGGAAAACUCCCUAUAGAAACGGAAAUUGAAGUUGGCACACUCCUCAUUGAACAUGCGCGUUACUAUUUCGGUGCCCGAUUAUUUUGCACUGAAUGCAGCCCUCUCAAUGUACGAUAUACCGAUAUCAUGCAAGCCUUGGGACUGAGGAGAUUCCACACCGUGGAACCCGCAAGCUUCAACCCGGCUCUCGCAGCCGCAACGUGGAAGUUUGACCUCUGGUCCUGGAAAGCUGCAGAGGAAGAACUCAAACGCCAGGGACAGUGGUUCGUGAACAAGGACACAAUGCAAGAGGACCCGGAAGCCGAAAGACGGCCAAUUCAUGAAGAUCCCGAGGAGCCACUCCCAAGCUUGGCUAUCGUGCAAGCCGUGCCAACCGUCCAUGAAGACCCAGCUGCCUUUGAAACCACCAGACAGCCAACCCAUUCGGUUCAAAGUCACUUCGGGCCAGUGCCAUGGCCACAGACCAGUGAGAGUAUAGAAUGGUCCUCUGGAUCAUACCUCACUGGAAAUACAGGCACCACUGACACUGGAACCUCUUCGGGGCUCGGCUACUCAGAAUCGGACCAAACUCAGUCAAACUCGUCCACAUUUCAGUCUCGGAGUCCUACCGACAGCUCCUCUGAAAGCUUAGCGUCCAUUACGCGUGAAGCCAGUAGAGCCUUCAUUGUGGCAGAUGAACAACUGACAGACAGUCCAGUUUGCUCCGAGUUGCGCGUUUGGCAAGGCUCGGUUGCUGUAGGGGUUCUCAGAGAAGAAGAAGAUUCUCGUGCGAUGCCGCCACCAAUGCUGCCAAAAAAUAUCCCAUUCCAACCGACCUCCUCGUCCGAGUCAUCUGCAAAUCUAUCUUCUGAGUCAGACGUUACGCAUGCCAGUAUGAACGUCGACUCCCUGCCUCGUCCAUCAUCUGAUGCCAAGGGCAACCGGCCGACUUCUUCAAUUUCGCUCGGCGAACUAGAUCCUAGCACACAGACAGAACUGCCAGCAACAGGCUUAUAUAACGAGGAGGGAGAAGGGCGUGUUUUUGAACAUUGGCGUGUUUCUGAUUCAAGCCCUGCUUGUGCAUUGUGGUCAGACCCUGGACUACGGUUGCACGAGACUGUUCCUAGUACAGAAGAGGUGUCGCAGACCUCCAUGAUAUAUGAUCGAAAGGGAAAACGUCCUGCUUCUUUGACUUGGGACGCGCAGCCCAAGCGGCCGUCUCCACUGCGUCAAACUUUGACCCCAGAAGAGACAAUUGGGGAUAUUAUACGUCCCUCUGCUCAUUACGUGGACGCUAGAGGAAUGUCGCAGCCUUUGCAUGCUCCGCCAAAUGACGCCACGCCAAAGACAGCAAGACUGAGCUGGCCUGAUCUGAAUCAGCAAUUCGAUGGUCGAAACAUUGCUGUAAUUCAGUCAUCACAUGAGGAUUUUACACCCUUCUCGCCCAAUCCUGGCCACUCUGAGUCAAAUUCGACGAGUUCUAAGCCACCCGUAGCAUGGCAACAACAAAACCAUUCGCCAGCGCCGUAUAAUGGUUCAGCAAUGUUUGUCCUACCUGAUCUAUCACGCACCUCACGAUCAUAUGCCAGCCCAUCCAAUGUACCGGAGCCCGGUACUGAGCUGGCAGUUGACAACCAGCGGCCAACCCAACUUAUGAGAGCCUCUCGGUCAAACGCUGCGCCACUUUCUUCUGUUAUUCAUAUUGACAGGGUCGAAGAUGGUAAGCACUCCGAGACAGAGACGUUCACUGCCACAUUUAAAUUGACCCUGGAAGGCUCCCAAUGGCCAGUUUUGCACAUGAUCCCAGCGCAAGCGAAGCCCCAUUACGAAAACCUACCGCAAAGUACGAAUGGAGCUUCCAGACCUUGGAGUAACACAAACUCUGUUGAGGAAUUGACUUCAAAUACACCUCGGUCCAAAAAGACCCCAGAGCAUCAGCAGCAGAUGAGGCCACCUGUGCCAGCGCCUUCACCAGGCCGCAGACAAGACCACUUACGACAGCAGCAUCGCACACAUGCCAGUCAGACGGAAUCGUUUACCCAGACUGAGCCAGCUUCAACUAAUACAUUGCGUCAGUCAGGUUAUCAUAACAAGACGGUCUAUAAUUACGUGGAACUUGUCCAAGCAAGGCCCGGAGAGCAACCAAGGCAACCAUCUCUGGUACAGACAAGGUUGCCACCGGAGAAGGUUUCAAAGGACGAUCGGCAGGCUUCCAUGGGCUACAGUCAGGCCAAUGGAAACAAGAGCGCGAAUCUGUUGAAUGUCAAACAGCCUGCCAACACAAAGCAAAUCUCGACGCCUGUGACACGGAAUUUGAAAGGGCAGCAAGAAAGCAAUACCAUGAGGUUGCAACUUUCUCAAGACGAACGCAAAGAGCAAAAGACAUCACCAACUUCCAAGCCAACACAGGCUACGCGGGCGACUGCAGCGCAGUCAAGCUCUAUCCUAGAUACUCUCUUGAGUAACAUCGCUCUUGUACCCGGGCCAUACGUCACAUCCACGCCGAACACAAGUUCUGCCUCGGAUGCCCCGUCGACUGUGCACCUGAGAAAUAAUAGCCAACUCUUGCCGGCCAGGAAUGUCCAUGAGAGUAGUACAUUCUCUCGGGAAAGAUUGACGCAGCAUACCGCUUACCUAACUGCCACCCCUCAUCAGGUUGCUCCUCAACAAACCGCCAAAAUGACUAUUGCGGAACUGACCUCUCCAAAUCCUCCUACCUUCUCGUCAGAGUUAGAUUUGGAAAAGAAGUCGAAACAACGCCCAUGGCAACUGUGA